GAACCUGCUGAGAGAGGCGGAGGUGGGUAGCUCAGACCGAGAGAGACUGAAAAGCUGCAGAUUUUAGGCUGAGCUGAUUCACACAGGUUCCGAUCUUUGGGUACUCCAGUAGCUGUUCUCCAGCCCCUGCUUCUGGACCUAUGGAUUCUCCAUCUAGCGUUUCUUCUUAUUCCUCCUACUCUCUUUCUUCCUCUUUUUCUACCUCCCCAGUGAACAGUGACUAUGGCUUCCUCUCUGAUAGUGAGAGGGAGGAAAAGUGGGGCCAUGAGCCCAGGCCAAACACUGUCGGGCAGAGGGGAGGUUCCCAGGCCAGCCCAGGUCCCAUCCGCUCCAGGAAUCGACCCAAAGUUUCCAGGAACCAGCAUACAGCAUCUCACCUGGAACAACGAAGAUUGGCUUCUCUGGUGGCAGGAUCUGGGGUGAAAAGAUCAAAAGAUUGUGAUUUGGAGACCAAGCUAAACAUCCACGGUUGUACCACAGAGGGAGACCUGCUUUUUGCUCAGAAGUGUAAAGAGCUCCAAGGAUUCAUACGGCCCCUCACAGACCUACUGAAUGGGUUGAAGAUGGGUCGCUUUGAGAGAGGCUUGAGCAGUUUCCAGCAGAGUGUGGCAAUGGACAGGAUCCAGCGUAUUGUAGGUGUUUUGCAGAAGCCUGAGAUGGGGAAGCGUUAUCUAGGAACUCUGCUGCAAGUGGAAGGGAUGUUAAAGACUUGGUUUCCUCAUAUAGCUGCCCAGAAAUCAUCACUGGGUAGGCGUCACGUGACCAAGCAUUUUGGAAACCACCACAGUGAUUCAGCUGCUUCCUCUCCUGCACCUCCUAUGGAAAAGAUGGACCAGACACAGCUGGGGCAUUUAGUUUUGAAACCAAAGCAGCCUUGGCACCUCACAGAGUUGCCAGCCAUGAACCUCACCUGGAUCCACACUGCUCCAAUUUGCAACCCCCCUCUUGGUUCCCCGGGUGCCAUCUCCUUUAGCCAGGGUCCUUUAGGCACCGGAACCAGGAUUGGGCUCAUCCUUCUCCUCCAGCAUGGAGAGCAGCCUCUUACCUUCUCUGCUCCAAGCACUCCAGACCCACCUACUACAGCGUCUUCUGUCAUCCUUGGUGAUCCUAAGAAACUGUCUGGAGAGGGGCCUCGCUGCCGCAGUUUGCCAGGAGCUCUGCCAUCAGACUGGAGCUGCAAGCUGUCCCCUCCUGAUCCCCCUGCCAUGGCCAGAGAGAUGAGCGUGGGACACUUGGAGCAGCAAAUGAGAAGCCGUCCCCCAUCUCCUCAGCCCCUGACCCAGGCCAUGUGACUGCCGCUGUGAUUUUCAAUUUGUAUAAAUAUAUGUGUGUGCAUUUUUUACUUUUAAUGUGUGCAUUAAUGUUGGGAAGAUAAAUCCUUUCUGAUUAAAGCAAUUUUUUACCUAAA